AUGGAUAUCGAUGAAGUGCAAUAUUUGUCUGAAAAUGAGCUUAUUUCAGUUGUACCCAAUUUCAAACAUCCGGAAAUAAAUCUUAUUCGGGGAUCUGUCGGACCAUUUCUACCUUUGGUUCCAUUACAAGUUCCUAUCUGGAUGGCUAUUCAUCUCAAAGAAAGUCACCGUUGUCGAUUCGUUUGUCCCGAAUGGUUAACAUUUGAUUCAGUACAAGAGUUACUCCGACAAGAACAACAACAAGAAACAUUUACGCCAAUGCCAAAUCCAUAUGUAUUUAUAUUAUCUCAAACAAUCAUGAAUGUUGCCUUAGAAGACAUUCCAAAUGGUGAUCAAAUUCGUUUACUAAUGAAAGAUCUAUGGGAUCUACGCUUAGCGAAAUUACGUUCAUCUAUUGGUAAUUUAGCACGCAGUGGUGCUCUCUAUGCUAAAGUGACACAUUUAACUCAAGUGGAAAUAUGUCUGAUUAGAAAUUUUCUCAAAACAUCAUUGAAACAUAUUGCACAACUGCAAGAUGCUGUACCAGACGAAUAA